AUGAGAGCCUCAGGUCCCGCAGAGCUCAACACACAACCGCUCUACCCACCUCGCAAGGAAACGGGCGGUUCGGACAAGACAGCCGUCAAUGAGGCUGCACCAAAAGCGUCUCACGUGAAACCCUCACGCUCAGAAGUAAACGAGAAAUUGUCGGCACCUUCUAGCCUCAGCGCGGAUGCCUGGAAACUCUACGUGGGACAAGCGUCGAAGACCCAUACCGACUUCGUAGCGGCAUGGAGCAUGCAAAUGGAUACUCUCCUUCUAUUUUGGGAAGACUUAGCGUGGAAUCGUCAUAUAGGCCGCCUAUUCUCCGCGGUCGUGACUGCUCUUGUUGCCACAACAUAUCCACUACUGUCACCGGACACAGGGGCGCAGAGCGUGCAAUUACUGCAGGCGAUACUCGCUACUCUGCAAACAAACGACAGCAGCGAGAACAUCGCAUCAACGGCGCUACUCGAUGAACCAUUCACUCCGGAGCCCUACGCCGUACGCGUCAACGCCGUCUGGUUUGCCAGCUUAGUGGUCAGCGUGUCGGUCUCGUUCCUUUCCAUCCUCGCCAAGCAGUGGCUAUUCAAUAUGGGCGAUUACCUGGACUCCUCUCCGGAAACCUGCGGUCGUCAACACCACGAGAUCAAGGCCGAAUAUGAGAGGUCCAUAAGCGCCGACAUCGGGCUGCGAGCAAGGGAGCGGAUAUACAUCACGAAGCACGCCGAACUCAUGGACGCUUCCGUAUUGGCACGUAUGGUGGAGUCUUUCCCUCGCACGGAGGAGAGCACGGAGCAGAUUGUCCACGAGCUCGCUCAUUCUCCCCUCCUAGUCAAGCACAGACAGCUGUUCGUCGAUGCUGGCGUGAUGCCUUUCACCGAAGCGUCGGACUUAGCGAGGAUCUUGGCCCAACUUCUCACCGAAGCCGAUGAAGACGACCGGGUUGUGGACCUAUCCGAUAAACGCAUGCCUAUAUUUUUCAGGGGCUUUCUCGAGGACCAGUCAGACGAGGCGGAACAGUCUCUCAUCAAUUUGUCGCUCUGUACACCGGAUGCCGCCCUCACAGACACCGAUGACCUCGUCUUUUUCUCGCACAUGCUCAGACUUCAACUCGCAGCCUCGUCCGAAAAAUGGUACACCUGCGAGAUCAACAAGUCUGUCCAGGAGUUCUAUAGACGUGUCGCCGAAUUCCGAGGAAUGGCCCAGCACAGCGUCGAGGAUCAGUUGUCGCUCGUGAACACAGUGAUCUACACCGGCACCCGACCUGUCUUGCUGGCAUCAUCGGCUUCAAAAGGCGAGGUAGAGAAGGAGCGCAACGAGCAUCGGAUCAGGACACUCGACACGUUGUCUGCUCUCAUGUCGAACAACCCAACAAUGGAGUACGCCUUGCUUCGACAGAUCUCUUGGGUUGUGUGGAUGAUAUGCAACCCAAGGACUCGGAACGACGUCGUCCGCGACUUGCUUGUCCCACACGUGCGCGGAACGUCCAAGCUGGCGACGACUCUAGCACGCCACCUUACCCCGAAUUACAACUCAUACGCCUACCCCUACGCUGUGCUCACUCUGAUAGAAUGUCUUCUGCUCCUCGAAGCCCAGUCGGGCGAAGGAGAGCAACUCGACCGUCUGCACUUGUUGAAAACACUCGUCGCCAGGUACCCGCUCUUCUUGGAGGAAUUCCGGGCAGUGCUUCGCUCAGCUCUCGAGAACAUAGCAGAGCCUUCUUCACAGCUCAUGCCAUCGGAUCUUCUCCGUCUCCUCGGUCGUGUAGUCAGAUUGUCUUUGUGCCUGACCCACUUCAGUUGGGACGGGUUGGACAUCCUCGACGUUGACCGUGAACGUGUCACGCAGCAGACCCUGGAUAUACUCCUACACGUCUGCGAUCACAAUCAUAGGAUCGAGUCGGAUGCUUGGGAGGGCAUCUACUCUUUGGCAUACAGCGCGACGUCUCGGUUUGCGGUGUUGCAGAUCGAGAAACGCUUGACAGGACCAGACCUCUCGCUCUACUCCGGCCCAGACGACCUCGAAAUCGGCAACGCCUCACCAAUGGACGUAGCGUUGACAAUGUCAUCCAUACUAGAAUCAGCCUCUAGAAUACAGGAUCCGCCGGACGCAGUGAAGUGCAUUUUGUCCAUGAUUGCGCUCCCGGUAGGCCGACGCGCUGUCGACAGCGCGACUACAUACCCCUUCGCAGUCUUCCGUCAUUUGCAUAGUCAUGCUCCACAGGUGUUUGAGGUUCUGGAUGUACUACAACGGACGAAGAACUGUCAGGCAGAGGCAGUCGAGGCAGCCGGUGCUCUGCAGCAGAACUUGUAUACAGUUGUUUGA